AUGCCGGCAUCAUUCGUCACCACUCUUCUCUUUUCCUUCUCUGUGUCAAUUUCGCUCAGAUCCUCCAAUGCCCAGAGCAACAGUGGUAAUCCAUUCUUGAACUUUCUAUCAAAUGAUAACAUUGGACGGUUGACGCAAAUGGCAACGGAAAUUGUUGCUUCCGCUGCAAAGCAUUCCGCUGCAGCUAAUAUAGAUGCAUUAACAAGGCCUGGCCAUCCGGAACCAGGACCUAUAUUACUCAAUUCUCGACCAUCUGAAAUGAUCGGCCAGUCUAUAACAAAUGCUAUUUCACCAGCUAUCACCAAAUUUGCUGAAGUUUCUGCGAUUGAAAAUCGUGGUCUAAUGUCAAGACAACAGCAAAGAAGCAUUCAUGCUGAGUCAAAUAGUGGUACCAAAUCACUGAUGGAUAUUGCAGGAGCAUUUUUAGGAUCUUCAAGGCCUGUUAAAUCAUCGACAACUCUUGGAGCACAAACAUAUACCAAAGAUGCAGAUAUCAACUGGUUACCGACCAUUCGAGAGUUAGCACCUGGCGCUAACAGUAAUUUUGGUAUACCGAAGGGCAGAGGUUGUUUGCCAUUUUUAAGUGAAUUCAUGAAAAUAGUGUACGGGAAUUGCGUGAAAGUAGCAGAUGAAAAGGCGUGGGACCUUUGGGGUAGUCAAAUUACCAAUGCUCUUUUCGGUGGUAAAGUUGAUUUCAUCGGAGCUACGAAGGAAACAUGUAAACGAGGUGCAGAACGACAACACUGUGGUCAGUUGAGAAAGGUAAUCAGUGAAUGUGAUAUCUUGGGAUCACUUCAAAUCGGCAUGGAAAUGCAAAGAGCAAUUCAACGGUGUGAAGAAUUUUCGGGUGUUAUUGAUCAGAAUCCGAUAGAAGUAAUCAAUCAAGUGAAUAGUAUUAUUGGGGGUGAAUUUGCUCAAGGAUUUUUGCAUAAAUUUCUUGGUUAA